AUGGCGGAUGUCAUGGAGGGUGAACCGUGGCUCACAAAGCAGGGAGCAGCAUUGGAGAAUGAAGCUCACACUGCUGCUGACAAGUCUGGUCUCCUUCGAAAUGUGAAAUUCCGGUCCAGCAACUUUGAAAACAUCUUGAUAUGGGAGGCUGGACCCAACAGCACCCUGGACACGGUCUACAGCGUGAAGUAUAAGAGGUAUGGAGAAACAGAGUGGUUGGCCAAGGCAGGCUGCCAACGGAUCACCCAGAAGUCCUGCAACCUAACUCUGGAGACGGGCAACCUCACCGAAUUUUACUAUGCCAAUGUCACAGCUGUGAACCCAGGAAAUCAAGGACAUGAGAGAAGUGGCCGCUUCAGCCCACAGCAACACACCACCAUCAGACCACCAGACGUGACCUGUAUCCCCAAAGUGAGGUCUAUUCAGAUGCUGAUCCACCCCACCUUCACACCCAUCCUCUCGGAAGAUGGUCACUGGCUAACCCUGGAGGAGAUUUUCCCCGACCUGUUCUACAGCUUAGAACUCCGCGUCAACCACACCUACCAAAUGCACCUUGAAGGCAAACAGAGAGAAUAUGAGUUCCUUGGCCUGACUCCCGACACAGAGUUCCUCGGGUCCAUCACAGUUUUGGCUCCGAUGUGGUCCAAGAGAAGCGCCCCCUACGUGUGUCAAGUGAAGACGUUGCCUGACCGGACGUGGGCCUACUCCUUCUCCGGUGCCGUGCUGUUCUCCAUGGGUUUCCUUGUCGGCUUGCUCUGCUAUCUAGGCUACAAAUAUGUCACCAAGCCACCCGUGCCUCCUAACUCCCUGAACGUCCAGCGUGUCCUGACCUUUCAGCCCCUACGAUUCCUCCAGGAGCACGUGCUGGUCCCUGUCUUGGACCUCCAUGGCCCGGGAAGUCACGCUCAGCCCAUCCAGUACUCUCAAGUGUUGAUCCCCGGGCCCAGGGAGCUGCCUGGAGCUACACAGCGGCACAGCCUACCUGAGGUCACCUACAUAGGGCAGUCAGAUGCCUCCAUCCUCCGGCCCACCAACGUGCCACCUCAGCAGACAUUAUCCCGACCGUCCUAUGCCCCAAAGGCUGUCACUGAGGUCCAGACCCCUUCCUAUGCACCUCAGAUAGCCUCUGAUGCCAAAACUCUGGUCUACUCGCCACAGCAGCUGAUGAAGACCCAACCUUCCACCUAUAAUGCGCAGGGCAUUCUGGAUAGCUGGGCUGCUUCCUAUGCUGUGUGUGGCGAAGACACUGGCCAAGACUCCACUCCUGAGGUCCUCUCCAGUCCCAAACACCUCAAGUCCAAAGGUCAGCUCCACGGAGACACACUUGCUGAAAGUUGUCUCCCGGGGGACCUUUCUCUGCAGGGAGUCACCUCCUUGGCUGACAAGGAGGUAAAAAGACCAAAAUCACUACCCCCACCUCUGGGGUUUUGCACAGGCAGAGGGCCUGACUUUAAGGCACUGCACAGUGAUGAACCAGAGACACCAGGGUACCUGAAGGGGGCAUUAUCCCUCCUGUCCUCGGUCCAGAUCGAGGGCCACCCUGUCUCCCUCCCUUUGCACACCCAUUCCCUCUCCUGUUCCCCCUCCGACCAGGAACCAAGUCCCUGGGGCCUGCUGGACUCCCUCGUGUGUCCCAAGGACGAAGGUCUGGAGGCUGAGAUUGAGCCCAGUGCUGCAGCGUCUGAGCUGGAGCAGCCCACAGAGCUGGACUCUCUUUUCAAAGGCUUGGCCCUGACUGUACAAUGGGAAUCCUGAAGGGAGAUCAAAGCGAGCAGGCCUGGGCACCCUCCUGCCUGACCCCCGCUGAAAACCCCACACCCACAGGCUCUAAGGCCCAGCCCCAGGUGGGUACCCUGGUGAGAGCCAGCAAAAGGAAGAUUUGGGCCCCAAGUGGGAACACGAAUGUACGGUGAAGGCUCUAAGGGAGAGACGACAGGCGGGCAGCAUAUUCAAAUGGCCUGUGCCACCGAGCCCAGCAGGUAAGACAGAGGGAGCUGUAAUGCAGGAGACCUUCCUAGAGACCCAUGCCACCCCGUCCCUCAGCUCCUAGGCCAUUGGGCCGGAGGCUGCCUAUCUUCACUUGCUUUCUGACCAGCUCCCUAACCUAAUUUAGCCAAGGGUGAGACAGCCACCUUCUCUGAAAGAGCUUGGGUUGGAAGCCAGGGGGCCCAGCACAGCCGGCACUUCCGCCAAGGCCAGAGGCAGCACUGUGGCAAGACUUCCGGGCAGAGUGUGGCUAAGGGCUCACUCCCUGCCGCCGGUCCCUUCUUUGCUCUUCUAUGGG